CACUUAUUUGCCCCGUACCCCGGUGGCCCUCUGCCCCUCUUGCUCCAUGUGGGGCCCAGGUUGGGCUCUCGGCUUCUCCUCCUUCUCCUCCUUCUCCUUCUCCUAUGGCCCGGAAAACAGUUAGCAGGAAGCGGAAAGCAGCGACGGCUGCCGCCGGGGGGCUCCAGGGGGAGCAGUAUGAGUGGGAUCACUCAGUUCACAAAAGGAAAAGACUCCACCAGGUGAAAAGGUCUGUGGUGUACUACCUGAAAGGUAGAGAGGUCAGGAUGCAGAAUGAGUCCAGCUAUCACCGCUUGUUGCAUGGAUAUGCAGCCCAGCAGCUUCCCAGCCUCUUGAAGGAGAGAGAAUUUCACCUUGGAAUCCUUAAUAAAGUAUUUGCCUCCCAGUGGCUGAACCACCGGCAAGUGGUGUGUGGGACAAAAUGCAACACAUUAUUCGUAAUAGAUGUCCAGACUGGUCAAAUUACCAAGAUUCCUAUUCUGAAAGAUCGUGAACCUGGCACGGUGAACCAGCAGGGAUGUGGUAUUCAUGCCAUUGAGCUCAACCCUUCAAGGACCUUCCUGGCCACAGGUGGAGACAACCCCAACAGUCUUGCAAUUUAUCGUCUGCCUACACUUGAUCCUGUGUGUGUGGGAGAUAGAGAUGGACAUAAGGACUGGAUAUUUUCAAUUGCAUGGAUAAGUGAUACUAUGGCUGUUUCUGGUUCCCGGGAUGGUUCAAUGGGUCUCUGGGAAGUUACAGAGGAUGUGUUGUCCAAAAGUGAUGCCAGGCAAAAUCUCUCUCAAGUUCCUGUCUAUGCCCACAUAACGCACAGGGCUCUGAGGGAUAUUCCUAAGGAAAACACCAAUCCUGACAACUGCAAAGUCCGAGCAUUGGCUUUCAACAAUAAGAACAAGGAGCUGGGAGCUGUGUCCUUGGAUGGGUAUUUUCAUCUUUGGAAAGCAGAGCACACACUAUCAAAGUUACUUUCCACAAAGUUGCCAUACUGCAGGGAGAAUGUGUGUUUGGCUUAUGGUCCGGAGUGGUCAGUGUAUGCAGUAGGAUCACAGGCACAUGUCUCCUUUCUGGAUCCAAGGCAGCCUUCUCACAAUGUUAAAUCCGUCUGUUCCAAAGAACGAGGCAGUGGUAUUCGAUCGGUGAGCUUUUACGAGCACAUCAUCACAGUGGGAACAGGGCAAGGUUCCCUAUUGUUUUACGAUAUCCGAGCCCAGAGGUUCCUGGAUGAAAAGCCCCCACAUGCCUGCUAUGGACAGAAGCAGAAAUUAGGAGGAAGUGAAAUUUUAAAGUUGACUACUGGGAAAGGUUGGCUGAAUCACGAUGAAACCUGGAGAAAUUAUUUUUCUGACAUACAUUUCUUCCCAAAUGCUGUUUAUACCCACUGCUACGACUCAUCUGGAAUGAAACUCUUUGUGGCAGGAGGCCCCCUUCCAUCAGGACUUCAUGGGAAUUAUGCUGGUCUCUGGAGCUAAUGAUAAUUCUUCAUAAAUGCUGAUCUUGACACAGAUUUCCACUUUUCUUUACCAUUUUAAAAACAAAAUUGUGUGAUGCCAUUGACUUCUGGUUU